AUGAAAAAACGCGAAAAUUUGGAACGUGAAGAAGCGAAAAAUCGCGGUUUAAUGCAAACUUGUAAUUGUUGCUACGACGAGGAAGUUCUCCCACGUGACAUCCACACGUGUGAAAACAAUUGCAAAUUUUGUAAAUCUUGUAUUGUGAAAAGUGUCGAAGUGGCCUUUGGGGAAGGAAAACUGUUUUUUUCAUGUCUUGCCAGUUGCGAAUCCUCAUUUAGUCUUCAAACAUUACAAGCCGUUUUGAGUCCGAAAUUGUUCUCGAAAAUCGCCCAAAAGAAAGCCCUCGAGGAGAUCAAAGCUGCAGGAAUUGAGGAGUUGGAAAUGUGUCCAUUUUGCGAUUUCGCCACGAUUCCUGCUGAGGGCUACACCAUUUUCACUUGUUUGAAUCCCGAGUGCAUGAAGGAGUCCUGCAGGAUGUGCAAGAAGCCGUCGCAUGCCCCUUUAAGGUGCGAAGAAAUCGACAAGGAUGCUGACGUCAAGGCGCGAACUUCUGUUGAGAAUAAAAUGACUGAGGCUUUAGAUUUAUAA